AUGGCCGUAGCGAUGCAGACGGAGGAUUUUCCUUACUUGCCUUCGGGGCCGGCGGAGGUAAAUAAGAUGAUAAAGGAGCAUGGUGACCUGUUUUCUGACUCCCAGUGUAAAGUCUGCAGUGCUGUCCUAAUUUCAGAGUCUCAGAAGUUGACUCAUUAUCAGAGCAAGAAACAUGCCAACAAAGUGCGGCGUUAUAUUUCCAUACAAAAUGAGAAGGAGCCCGCAUUGAAAAAGUUCAAGUCACAGUCAUCUGACAGUGUGGACUGUAACAACGGAGACACAGACCGGUCGAAGGUGUGUCAUGUAUGUAACAUGACCUUCUCCUCUCUUGUAGUGGCCGAGUCUCACUAUCAGGGCAAAGUUCACGCCAAGAACCUGAGACUGAAAACCGUCGGACCCCAGGCACCCGUACCCUCCCAAACAGCAACGGCAGUUCAGCCGAAGAAGAAGCCUUCAGAUGAUUCGAGCGCCACUUCAGCAACAGGCGACAACAACAACCCGGACCGUUUCUGCUCCAUCUGCCAGGCGUCUUUCAACAACCCGCUCAUGGCCCAGCAGCACUAUGUGGGCAAGAAGCAUAGAAAACAGAUGACAAAGCUCAAACUGAUGGAGACGUACGGCCCCUCCACAGCACCAGCUUCCACACUAAAGGGCUACCCAUGUACCAUCUGCAACAUUGAGCUAAACUCUGUGGAACAGUACCAGUCUCAUAUCAGUGGUGCCAAACAUAAGAACCAAAUGAAGAAAUCAGGCCUGAACCCCACAGAGAACCAACGUGCAGCAGAACAAUCGUUCGGUGGUGACAAUGAGUUUGCCGCCGGAGACGACCAGUUCACCACCGAGGACAACCAGUUCACCACCGAGGACAACCAGUUCACCACCGAGGAAAACCAGUUCACCACCGGGGAAAACCAGUUCAGCGCUGGCGAUGAACAGUACGCUGCUGGAGACAACAAUCAGUAUGCUCCUGAGGACACAGAGUACUCAGAGGAGUACCAGUAUACCUGAGACUGAGCUGGAAGAGGGACUGCUGAGGUUACAGUCGGGACUUGGAAUGACACACAACAACCAGCCCCUUUAACACAUUAACAAAGCAUCAGCCUCCAUGGACCUUCAGUUCCUGUCUGAGUCUCUUCUCCGUAGAUUUCCCCCAGAUCAGAGGACCCAAUAUGGAAUUUGAUCACUUUUGGUUCCCAAACCAAACGAUUAAAGAAUGUCUUUUUUGGCUGGAUCGUAACUGCAGGGCCAGCUGUAUAAAUGCUAAAGUCCGUGACUGAUUGAUUGAUUGUCUGAUGAAGUUACACAAUUGGUCAACCGAAUGCCGCCACUUCCUGUAUCUGUUGCCAAAAAAAGGCCUUGUUUCAAACUAAAAACCCUCCUGCGUUUUGUACACAGUCCAAGUCUUGCCCUACUUAAUAUUUCUCCCCUUUCUGAAAAAAGCUUUUGACAUGAGGACAGGUAAAAUGACAGUGAGCCUUUCAACAUGUGAGCACAGGUUCAGCAGUGAUACAGCUGUGCCCACAAUCACCAUAAAGAAAGUCUCUGAGAGUUCAGCUAGCUUUACCUUCUGUAACAAACGUGUGCUGACUAAAAAAAAUUCUCUAUAUCCAUGUAAAUUAAGUUGGGGCACUGUGUGAAAUUUGUUGAUGCUGGUGCUGACACUGCAUUUAUAAAAUAAUCAAUAAUUUAUAGAUAAAUAAAAUGGGCAAAUACCUGAUCGGAUAAUACAAAUAAGACUACAAACCUCUUCAGAGAUAAUAAACUAACCUUCUGUACUUGAGUAUUCGAUACCUUGUGCCACAGACCUAUUUUGGGCAGGGCUAAAAGCAUUGAGAUUUGAUGUACUUACAUUAUUAUUAGAAUUAAAAUAAUAGCAUGAAGAGGUCAAAAUGACAGGAGAUUAUUGCGGCAGCACUGAAAGCAUUAUUGGACCGUGACAGGACAUAGUAGGGUAUUUCUUUGUUCAACCCCUACUAACUUCUAACCAAUACUAACAUCUCGCAUCAGGAGCCAAAUGUAACCAGUUCAGAGCAAAACCGCUUUCUGGUUCCUCUGCUAAACCUGAAUUUAUUUUGGUUUGCAUCUCCCGUGAAUGUAGUUAUUGAAACAUGCUCAACUUCUUUUCUCUGCAAGUUUGACUAUUUCUAAAUCUGGUGUUGAGGAUGUAGUCAUUAGGAAAGUGAAUUCAAAGUCAGUCACUAAUUACAGUUGGUUGACUGAUUAAAAAUCCCUUCACAUGUGAUUUUUUUUUGGGGGACGGUUGGUGGGUCGGGGGGUUAAUUUUAUGGAGUCUGUAGCCAGUGUUUAAUAAUGUCACUGCUCUACAGACAGAUGGAAACAAGUCUGAAUCUAGAUGCUGCAUUUAAUCUGUUAAAACUGAUAUUAGAUUUAUUUUAUAAUUAUUUGGUUUUACAGCUCUUUUGUCCUUUUUUAUUUAAACCUGGAAUAUCUCCAGAAACACUUUUUUUUGUCAUUGAAAUAUUUGCUUCUUACCAGAUUGUUAUUUUAUUAGAUUUUUUUUAUAAUAUUCUGGACGAUGAUGAUAUUCAGUCAUUCAGUACAGUCAUCUUCACUGUAAAAAGACGACCCAAAGUUUGGCAAAACUUGACGGAUUUACGUAAAGAUUUUCUUUUUCUUUUUUUAGUCGAUUGUUUGGUUGGUCAGUCACGUGUUGUUAUUUUAUUAUCUCCACUAAACAUAAAAUUGUGACAGUGAAGAUCUUUAUUGGAGGCUCAUCGUUAUACCGGUGAAAGGUACAGGGUUAUUGUGACUUCAUGGGUACUAAACUAGAUUAAGCACCAGAAUUUGUUUAAACCCCAUGCUGUCACUGAUUGUCAAAAAUAAGCAUUUUUUAGAAAGUUGAUGUCAUU